GGUCGAGGCUCAUCACAUGAUCAGCUGCUGACCGCUGAUGGAUGCUGGAUUUUCAGGAUCUGUCGUCUCGAAGGUAGCAGAAGAUCAGCUUCGUUUCUUCACUCCGCAUUCGAGCUGCCUAUCCGGGCCACGAUAAAGCGCGAGUUUAUUCGGAAGUGAACGUUUCAGGCAGCAAAACUGGCGCUGUUGGUGGAGUGGAUGAUGAACGGACACGCCAUUCUGUACACCGGGGUCACUUUGGCCUUCUGGAGCACCAUCCUCAUCGUCGGUAUUUGCUAUACAAUCUUUGACCUUGGCUUCCGGUUUGACGUAGCAUGGUUUUUGACGGAGACGUCCCCAUUUAUGUGGGCCAACCUUGGGAUUGGCUUGGCUAUCUCUCUCUCUGUUGUCGGAGCAGCUUGGGGUAUUUACAUUACUGGCUCCAGCAUCAUUGGAGGUGGUGUCAAGGCCCCAAGAAUUAAGACGAAGAACCUCGUCAGCAUUAUCUUUUGUGAAGCUGUUGCCAUCUAUGGGAUCAUCAUGGCUAUUGUCAUAAGUAAUAUGGCGGAGAACUUCAGUGGCACAACACCAGACACAAUUGGGGCAAGGAACUACCAAGCAGGCUAUUCCAUGUUCGGUGCUGGGCUUACUGUUGGCUUCUCAAAUCUCUUCUGUGGCAUCUGUGUUGGCAUUGUUGGCAGUGGGGCUGCCUUGGCCGAUGCUCAAAAUGCCAGCCUCUUCGUGAAGAUUCUCAUUGUCGAAAUCUUCGGCAGUGCCAUUGGACUGUUUGGAGUCAUCGUAGCCAUCUUGCAGACAUCGAAAGUAAAAAUGGGAGAUUAGAGAAUGUGGCACCUGUGAAAUGAAUAAAUGACAGAAGGAAGACGCUGUGGUGCAGACACAGCCCGACUGUGUAAAUACAUAGUAAAUUAUUUAAAUGUAUUUUUUCUUUGUGUCUGUUUUUAACCAUCGUUUCCUGAAGAGUGAAAUAUGUGUACCACUUUGUCUUAAAAAGAUUUCAUGUUUAAAUCAAAUUCAGAUCCUUAAGACAAAAGCCUCCCCGUUUCACUGUACAUCAGAAUAAAAUCGCAAAAUAAGUCAGAGGAGGAAGAAUCACUAAUGGCAAAGUUGUUGUCUGUAUACUUCUCAUUCAUUAUCAGAUCAGUGAGUCAUAUUCGAGUGUGAUUGUGUUUUUUUUUGUUUUUGUUUUUUUUUGUUUUGUUUUUUUUUUUAAAUAAAGAUAUUUUAUUGGUAAUAGGCAAAUAAAUAUAAGAAACAGCCUACAAAAAUGUAGCCUAUAAAUGCAAAGAAUGGACUUUGGAGCCCCUUGAAAUAUUAAAUGGUACUAUUGUGAAAGGUUUGAAGUUCUGUAGGCCUGUAUAGUUUGCUGUGAUCGCUGUUCUGUACAAUACAAAAGUGAAACUUGCAACCAGUGUGGUUCUUUGGCUGUAUGCAAUAGUAUGGCUGUAAAUUCUGUCUGAAGUAUUUUUACUCCACUGUAUGCGAAUGUGUUUAAGAACUCGGCCUCCAUUAUAAUGGUAAGGAAGCCUCUGAACAUUUAAACGUUGUUCAUUUUCGUGUGACGUAUUCAUCCACGAAGCAGUCAGUGGGCAAGGAUGUGCCGUCUCUACGUAAAUGUUCAUUACCCUAGAUUGGUUCAUCUCUAUUGGUCUAACACAGUUAUUUAUACCUGACUCAUAGGAUUAUCUGGUUUACAUUUAUCGGGGCACUCUUCAGUUCUGAUUGGUUAAAAAUGAGAGGAUAUAAUAAUCCGAUGUGUGUGUGUGUGUGUGUGUGUGUAUGUGUGCGUGUAAAUAUUGGAGCACGUAAAAGUUUAUCUGUGAGGCAUGAGGGUGUUUACCAUUCUGUAUUUCCCUAGCUUUAUGUGGUCUUAAUUUUAUUUCCUUAUUUUUGUUUAUUUAAGCAAGUGGUCUUGAAUCCACAGGUACCUGUGGUUGUAUCUCUUGACUGUAUUUGAACUUCUCUGUACAAAUCACUUGUCACGUUAUCUCUGUUGCUCAGGUCACUGAAAGGAAUACUCCAGCGUUUAUCCAUCUGAUGUUUGUCCACUUGUAGCAUACAGUCACAGACAAUUUUGAGGCAUUUCUUUCUAUUAAAAGAAUAGAAGUCUAUUGUAUGUGAGUUUCUGUAAACUGGCUUUCUGUACACGAAAGCCUAGAAAGCUUUAAAAUUGGUAAUCGACCAGGCUGAAAACCCUGGAGUAUUCCUUUAACUCUGUAGGGUGGAAGACCAUUUUCUGGCGAUUGGCUGAGUUUAGAGUUUCUGAUAAGUUUAAUGGCUGUUUAGACAAUUUGUACUAUGAGUUGCUGAAAUGGUUCCAUGUUCUCUCUUGAUAGCCGUUCUAAUUCAAAAAGGUCUCAGCCUGAAAACAACAGUUGGCCUUCACUUGGCUGUGUCUUUGUUUUUGUUUUGUUUUUUCCUUUACCUGUUAAAGGAAUUCUCCAGCAUAUUUUUAUGUAAUCUCAAUCUGCAGGACGUGUAUCAUAUGAUCAGUUACCACAAUUCAACUCAAGUUUCCUCUACUUCAAAAAGAACUGAAAACAGAAAAAAUGCGAACAAUAGAAGCUGUGGGCAGAUGCUUCAGUUAGAUGCUGGAGUAUUUCGGUAAUGAUGUUUCAGACACCUGUCCUUCGCUAAACUGCAAAAUAUACAUUCCCCCUUAGUUUUUUUUCUAGUUUGUGGUUUCUGUUUAGAUUAUAGCAAAUGAAUGGUUUGUUUUAAAAAGUUUUUCACUCCGGAAGUCAAAAUUUGUCAUUCACAACAAAAUAGCAAUCUUGUGUCAGAUGCUAGGUGUUUCACUUUCUUUCACGCUCUUGUUUUGCUGUAUUCACGUUUCUUUCAAAGCAUUCCAAUAAUUAAAAUCAACACUGAUGUAAAGAUGCCAUUGGCUCAGGUCGUCAGGAGGUUAAAGAAGGACCUUUUAGAGACCCUCAUUUCUAGGAGAUGUCCAGGCCCUGGGUGUCUGCUCAUAGUUUUAGAGGUUCAGGGUUCUCAUGGCCUCUUGAUCUUAUUACCAUGCCUCCAGUGAUUGUGUUUGAUAUGUUGAUGUGGUGAUUCCAUUGUUUUGACAUGUGCAAAAGUGGAACCUCUUGACUUCAUAAUUGUCCUUGAACAAAUAAAACUGUCAAAAGAAA